AGCUGUUGUAUGUUGACAUAACACAACCGUCCUUCCUUGUGUGAAUGUUCUGUAAUUUUCAACUGGAUUAUGCACAAUUUAUACAAGCACAUGGAAUUUUAAAUAUAUUGGGAGACAAUUACAUGAUUUAGACAGUAAGACACGAGUGAGGAGUUCCUAGAAAAUGAGGUGUCACUACGAAGUACUCGGAGUCUCCCAGAGGGCCACAGAUAUUGACUUGAAAAAGGCUUAUCGGCAAAUGGCACUUGUGUGGCAUCCAGACAAGAAUCCAGACAAUAUGGAAGAAGCAAAAAUUCAGUUUCAACUGAUCCAGGCAGCUUAUGAAACCUUAUCUGAUCCUCAGGAGAGAGCCUUUUAUGACCGCAACCGUGACAGCAUUCUCAGGGGUAAAGGAUCUGGUUCAGAUCCUACGCCAGAAACUGUUAAUCUGUUUGAGUUCUUUUCAAGUCAGUGUUACUCUGGCUUCAAUGAUUCUGAGAAGGACUUCUACACUGUAUACAGGCAAGUGUUUGAGAUGAUUGCUGUGAAGGACAUGCAGUAUAUGAACGAUGAGGAGGAUAUCAUUAUACCAAACUUUGGCUCCAGUGAUAUGGACUUAGAGGAUGUAGCUGCAUUUUAUGGUUACUGGUCAGGCUACUGCCUUAUGAAAAUUGAGAAAGACAAUAACAAAGCUCGUCAAAAGGCUGGCAACAGUUCAAUGAAGAAGUCAGAGCUCUUGUUAUUUGUCAUGAAGAACAAGCAGUGGAUUGCAUAG